CUUUUUAAGAGAAAAAAGUGAAAUCAAUCAUUCAACCCCAAAUUAAUUAGCGCUGAGCGAUCAGACAGACGCGAAAAUGAUGGAGACAGGGUCCCGACGCCGCACUUGUCUUCUUCUCCUUCUUCUGAUCACUAUUCCCGUGCUGCUGGUAAUAGCUGCCGCCGCACCACUUUCUUCUCAACAACAAGCGGCCAGCAACAAGGGGUUGAAAACUGCGACUUUCCGGUCACCGGCGUUUGAACUAGAGCCCGGAUCAGUGGCAAACAAAUACUUUUACAACCUGGGCUUCCCCAAAGGGCAUAUUGCAGUGAAAGGAUUCGACGCAGAAGUGGUGGAUGAGGCCGGAAACUCCAUCCCCCUCCACGAAACCUAUCUGCACCAUUGGCUUGUGGGGAGGUACUACGUCCUGAAAGGCGGCGCGGAUGAAGCUCGAUCCGGUUACAUUUCGGCGGGCAACGCAGGGUUCUGCCGCGGCCUCCCGCAGUAUUUCGGGCUGGGAUCGGAAACAAGGAAGACGGAUACCCGCGUCCCAGACCCGUACGGAAUAGAAGUGGGGAGGGGGGAAGACAUCCCGGAGGGGUACGAGGAGGGGUGGCUGCUUAACUUGCACGCGAUUGAUACCCGGGGAGCGGUGGAUAAGUUGGGGUGCGCGGAGUGCAGGUGCGCGCUGUACAAUGUGAGCGUGGACGAGAAGGGGAAGGCCCUGGAAAAGGGUUACGUGGGAGGGCUGGCAUGUUGCUAUGACGGGACGAGGUGCCGGGUGAACGCCACUGAGGCUGCAGGAAGAGGAAGAAGACGACGCCUCUAUCUCCAGUACACUGUCACCUACCUUAACUGGGAUUCCUCCAUUCGCCCACUCAAAAUUUAUAUUUUUGAUGUCACGGAUUCAUGGAAUAUGACCACUCCAGCCUCCCAAGGCCACCACUGCAAGAUUGAGUUUGAUGUUGACUCUUGCUCUGCUCAACUGCCCAAUAAUGAUGAAUUAUGCAUUCAUACCCGAACUGCAAUUUCAAGUUUGCCCAUUGGAGGAGAUCUCAUUUACGGUGUGGCCCACCAGCACACAGGAGGGGUUGGCUCAGCUCUCUAUGGGGAGGAUGGACGGACACUAUGCUCGUCGGUUCCGAUUUAUGGAAAGGGCAAGGAACCAGGGAAUGAAGCUGGGUUCAUUGUUGGAAUGAGAACAUGUUAUCCUCAGCCUGGCUCCGUAAAGAUUGCAAAGGGCGAAAAGCUGACCAUUGUAUCUAACUAUAGUAGUACCCAGAGCCACACCGGAGUCAUGGGCCUGUUCUACAUUUUGGUUGCUGAACCAUUGCAGACAGAUGGGGCAGUGAACCCAAUGUAUGGUAUUUGGGGUUUGUUAGCAUUGUGUGGAGUUGCGGUGCUUCUUGUUGGUGCUGUACUUGUUAAAAGGAGUUGGGGCAGAAAAGAUGGCUAUGAAUCUCUGAUUGCUUGAGGUGGCAUUGAAUACAUUGUCAUAUUUGGUUGUCACAUAAUUGUAAUGGAAUACCUUUUCCCCUUAAUCAACCCGCUCUGUCUUUAGCUAGUAUUUAGUAUUAUGUGAUCAGAUUCUUCGAUCUUUUGAAGAAAAACUGUUCAAUAUUACUCUUGUGCGAGGAAUAAAGCCUUUAUGCCUGUUCGGGAUGGUUGUAAGUUUUUUUUUUACAAUUAUAAAUGUUGCGUGUAAUAUACGAAAUAUAUAUGGAGCACGCCAGCAUGCUCACUAUGGAGCACGUUGGUGUGAUAAAUGGUCCGAAUUCUCUCACAUUUUUAGAAGAGUGAAUUAUGGCCAUCUAUUAAGUUGGCGUGCUCUAGAGUGCAUUGGCUUGCUCCAUAUAUUUACUGGUGUAAUACAUGGCAUAGAUCAAAUCAAAACUUUCUAUACUUAUUUGAAGGAAGAAGUGACAUAUAAACUUUCAAAUUAUAUCGAAAAAUUGAACCAAGCACUCGAGCCUUAAAAACCCCAAUCAAGCUCGUAGAGUUUACAAAAGUAUUGAAAUGUCUAAUUUAGCUGGUUAACAUCCAUUUAGGUGAUUUCAAUGUUUGCAUGGAUAGUCCACUUGGUGUACCAAGUGUUUAUUUUCCCGUUUAUAUGUGUUUAGAUUUACACCAAGUCCCACAUCCCAAAGUUGAUUGGGUCAACACUAAAUCUGUCUAUAUCUUCUUCAAUUGUCUGCCGAAAUGCCAUGUUCAUCUACAUCGCUGACGGAAAAGGUGUAGGUGUGACUUCUCUUAGCUUUGCUAUGAGCCCCCGUGUACCCCCGAUGUGGUUUGGAAGCUCUACUUUGCAUUGCUAGA